AUGAAUGCUAAAAAUAAUUUACAAGUUGGUGAUAUCCAUCAGCGUACAGUUGGUCCUAUCGAAUCAAAAGUGGUUUGUGGAAAUAAUCAAACAGAGACAUCUAUCAUGCCAUUCGAUUCCAAGCAAGUUUCAGUGGAUGAUAGUAGUAGUAGUGACACUAACAGUAAUGCAUCAACUCUACCAAUUCAUUUCAGUUAUAGGAUUUCAAGACGUUCAUGUGAAUGGCUAACUGAAAAAGCUCUUGA